AUGGAACAAUACCAGCAAAACCUCAUCAAAUCCAAUUACUCCACACUGGUGAAGGAAAUGAAGGCCAUUCCUGUAGCUGGAUACCUCAUGAAAGACCAUGUUAUUACAGACGAAAUGCACCAACAGAUACAGUUUGAGAAAACUACCUACAGUCGUAACCGAAAACUACUCAGCAUCAUUUUGAAAAAAGGGCCGAAAGCUUUCCAUGGACUUAAGAGGGCACUUUUAAAAGCUGGUCAAAAUGACGUGGCCAAACUGUUGAUUAAGGAAGAGAGUGAGCCCUCUGAAUACGAAAAAAAGUUAUCCUUGGCAAGGUCUUUUCUUGUCAACACCGCCGAAAAAAGACAGAAAAAGUUGAAUCAAGUAACUCACAUCUUCAAAGUCCGCAGUUACAGGAGCCCCGAUGUAGGAUCAAUUUAG